AUGUGCUCCAACUCUAACUGUUACGUUCCGUUUUUCAGUUAUUAUUGGCCGUUUUGCGGGAUAUCCGCUAUCACUUUCCAAUUGAUUCUAUUGUAUUUGAUCUAUUAUCGAUCCCCAGCAACUCUAGACAAUCUCAAAUGUUUUUUGUACAACACUUCGUUUAUUCAAAUCAUUUUGGUAGCAACUGCAGUCACAUCACAACACAGAUUACUCUCAAAUACCAAUAGUGCGGCUGUUCUGACUAUUGGUCCGUGCAGUUAUAUCAGUCCUAGAAUGUGUUUUAUCAAUUAUCACAUUUUCAUGGCCACAAGUAUGGCGGCUGGAUCUGCUAUUGCCAUAACUGUUCUGUUCCGUUUUCUUGUUCUUGUGCAAAAUCAGGUCACUGCUCAUCAAACUUAUUUCAUGGUUUUUGCAUCCUACAUCGCACCGUUGGCUCUUUUGAUAAUACCAUUUACGGACACAUGGGAUUUCGAAGCAGUUCAAAAAGUGACAUCAAUUGAACAUCCAACAUACAACCUCUCAAUUUACACCCCAUUUACUGGUUUUUAUAAUAUUGGAAGUCCCCAAUUCCUAUCUGCAACUUUUCUUUUGUCAAUUGGAGCAUACGGGAUUCCUCUCGGGUGUUUACUUUUAACUAGAAAAGUUCUUGUUCUAAUUCGCUUUCACAGUCACAUGUCUGAUAGAACUAAAAAGCAGGCACAAACUCUUAUCCAUGGGCUUAUUGUUCAAUCCAUGCUACCAUUUUUCUGCUACAUUCCAUCAUUUACUGGCUAUGUUUUCAGUCAAUCUACGGGACGCGAACUUUUGCUCUGUGAGCACCUUAUACUGGCUUCCUCUGCAUUCCCAGGACUAGUGGAUCCAUUUAUUUCAUGUUAUUUUAUCGUUCCAUACCGUCAAGCAGUUUUGGAGUUUGUUCUUCCAAAACGCCAAUCUCGGAUCACUACCGUUAUCAGCAACUCGACAUCUGGAUAUAAUUGA